AUGUCCAAUAAUUUAUCUUUUCGAGAUCCUCAUUCAAUGAAUGAUGAUGAUGAUGAUAACCAUCAUCAACGAUUGCCACUAGAGGUAUCCUCAUCGUCCUCUUCCAAUGAUCAUACCACAACCCGAUCCUCCUCCAGAAGCGUCCAGAUCAAAAAUAGACAUUCAAAUUUUGUGGUCCUUGUGGUGUGCUAUGAGGCAGCUCAAACUCCUUCUUCAUCGUCGUCCUUUGCUACUACUAGUACAAGAGCAUCAUCCUCCUCAGGUCGAGCCUUGAUCAGUAGUAUUAUUGACACCUCCUCUGACGAUACACAACCUUUGGGACCCAUCAUUCGUCGCAAAUGGAGAGAAUUCCCACUUCCUCUCGAUGAAUUCAAAGUCAAACAAUGGAGUGGUCUACCCAAUGAUCUAUCUCUCUUCUACUAUCAUGUUCCAACUUUCAAAGAAUGUGUUUGUAAUGGUAUUAAUUUCAUGUCUUAUCCCAAUCACGUGAUUAUAGAUACGAUUGAAUUGGAAAGACAUGAAUUGAAACAAACCGAGUGUUAUUUCGUUUGUACCAAAGACAAGUAUCUCAUCAAACCUGAACAUGAUCCAGUCUAUACUCGAAUGAAUACCAAGAAACAGAAUGAAAGUAGUUUGAUUCGAAGAUUUUGUGUCAUUGCAGACAACAACAAUAAUGAGGAAGAGGCUCAAUUUUAUUUGGAAGCAUCGAAUUAUUCUCUUGGUGAAGCCUUGAAGAGUUAUUUUCAAGCAAGUCAUGUCAGUGGUAGUGGCUCCUCCCGAAAAGCAAGUCUUGAAACAGCCUUUCUCUCAAGUGCCAAAUUGGGUCAAACUGAAAAGUUGCAUGCACUCUUGACCAUACCUCAUGCAUUUAGUAUUGAUACAGUCAACAACAUGGGAAUGAACGCACUGCAUUUGGCUGCACUACAUUCUCGAUUGACAUGUUUGAAUUUACUUUUGGAUGAAGAAGAUUUAAUGGAUGAACAAGAAGACGAUACUUUCGAACAAGCAAUGAAAGGUGUUGGUACCAAAAAUGGUGUUCCUCAAAAGAAGCACCCUUUGUUGCAAUUAUUGAAUCAAAAAGAUCUUUUAGGUAAUACUCCACUCUUCUAUGCAGCCAUGGGAGAUAGUAUCGAUUGUUUUGAUCUACUCAUUCAACAAGAUGAUAUUUCUCUAUUUGAAAAGAAUAAGAAUUCAGAAACUGUUUUUCAUGCCAUUGCAAUGGGAAAGGGUAAUAAGGCAAUAUUUGAAUCCUACUUUGUUGCAUGUGCAGUUAAACUUGAUGAAGAUGAAGAACGUUACAAAUCAUGGUGUAACACUAAAAACAAUGAUCAAGAGACUGCAUUUAUUAUGGCAUGUAGAAAGAAUAGAUAUUCCAUUGUAUCUACGAUUUUAGAUCCUAAUCAAUGUUACAUCUCAAUUAUGGAUAUUCAUUUGAAAAAUAGAUUUUCUCAAAAUGCACUCAUUGUAGCAGCAAAAGAGAAUGCUCAUCAAACUUGUGAACUCUUGUUGCGAUCUAAUUUAUUCCAUGUGAAUGAAAAAGAUGAAAAGAAUUUAACUGCACUCUUCUAUGCAUGUGCACUCUCACAACAUGAAUGCAUUUCUCUAUUAUUGAAUUAUGGUGCUGAUUAUACGAUGGAUUAUCAAGUGAAUUAUUUAAUUCGAGCUGUGUUACAGGGUGAUACUACAACCAUACAAUAUCUAUUGAGAGCAGGAAUGUCUCCUGAUUAUCGAGGAGUUUCCAUGUAUGAUGAAACGACGAGCAUGUAUCAUCAUGGCACCACCACCAUGAUGGAUCCUAUCGGAGAGGUUGACUCAUUGAAGGCUCAACCAUCAAGUCCACUUUUGGUCAUGACACCUCUCCAAUUAUGUAUCUAUGGUGCGAAUGAUUCUGUAGAUGAUUCGAGUCAUAAUAAGAAUAACAAUACCAUUCAUACGGGAGGAGCCUCUUCUUCACCUGUGAUGGACAUGAUCAUGCGUAAUAUUGGAAGUUCAUCUCCUCGUCAUCAUCCAAGACAAGCUCAUCUCAUUAUGAAUGAAAUAUUCCAAAUCCUCAUGAAUUCAGGAGCUGAUGUGAAUUUAAAUAUUCAACAUGAACAAAUUGCAGGUGGUAAUGAUCAACGAUUAUCAUUUCCAUUACUUGAUUGUGUCUAUAACCUGAAUAUGGAAUUAUUUAUGAAAUUACUCUCUCAUCCUAAUAUUAACGUCAAUCAACCAUGUAUCUAUACUGGUAUGACCUGUGCUCAUUUCAUGAUUCAACAAUAUUAUCUCUCAAAGAAUUUAAAGUUAAUAGCCAUGUUUAGAGAAUUGCUUAAAGUUCCAUCCUUUAAUGUCAAUGCACAAGAUUUAUUUGGAAGAACACCAUUGUAUUUGUCAAAUCUAUGUGGUACUAGUGAUUUGUCUAAAUUAAUCAUGAAUCAUCCAAAUUGUGAUUGGACAUUGUGUGAUGUGAAUGGAGUGUGUGCUCAUCAUGUCUGUGAUUCUACUGGAUCUAUUUAUAGCAGUGAUAUGAAAGCAAAGAAACACAAAACAAUGUGUUUUAAAUUAGAAAAGAAGAAGGAUGGCUCUCAGCCUCAAUUAAUUCCAAAAGUACAAGUUGGAUAUUUUCUUCAACAUGAAGUAUUGAGAUUGACUUUUAAGGGUUUGAUUCAACUGACAAGUCAUGGAAUGAAUAAUAAUACUUUUACUACUAGUAGUUCAAUGACCAAUUCUACUACUACUAUUCAUGAUGGUAUGAAUAAUAAUAACACUCUUACUACUACCACUACUACCAUGAACCAUACGAUGAGUGAACACUCCAAACAAGAUCUCAUCAAAUUCUAUAAGAGAUUUUAUCAUUUGAAAAAAUAUUUACCUUGCGCUUACAUGUUGAAUAGUAACAAGUUUAAAAACACUCCACAUCGACAUGACAUGUUCUGUAAAAUGAUUGAUUUUGAAUUAGAACCAUCGAAUAAGAUUCGACUACUCGUAUCAUCCAAUGUUGAAUAUAUAGAAACAAAUUCUCUUAAAUUUUAUAUGGAUAAGGAUUUUACAAGUAUUAUUUUAAUGAAAUUUUCAACAUCAUUGAAAUUACUUGCAUCUAUUUAUAUUCUACAUUCGUGUGGUAUUGUUCAUGGUAACAUUCGACCAAUGACCAGUAGAUUUAAAGAACCUUCUAAAACAUGUAUCAUUUUAGAUUAUGGACUUCCAUUUACGAUUGGAAAAGAUAAGAAUGAUUAUUAUACAGCACCUGAAAUUAGAAAGUAUGGUUAUGAUGCAUUGUGUGAAGAGAGUGAUAUCUAUUCAUUAGGUGCAAUCUUUUAUGAAUUAUUCUUUGAUCAUAAAUAUGGAGAGAUGGAUAUGAGUUCAAGUGUGAAUCAUUCCUUUAAAGAAUUGGAGAGUGUCAUUGCUGCUUGUUGUUCUGAAAAUAGUCGAGAUCGACCCAAAAUGAAAGAUUUAUAUCAAGUCAUUAAGAAGUGUGCAGACAUGCUCAUUCAAUCACAAGCAUUGGAUGAUUUAAUGACUCAAAUAUUGAGUACAGAAGUGAAAUUGGUUGACAAGUGUAUUCAAACCUAUACCUAUCCAACAUUUGUGCCUCCUUUUAUGGGUAGUUCGAGUGGUAGUUCGAGUGGUAGUAGUAGUAGUUCGAGUGGUGUGCCUUCUACGAGUGUGUCUUCCAUUGGUAGUGUGUCUUUUACUACUAGUAGUAGUAGUGGUAGUUCGAGUGGUGUGUCUUGCAUUGGUGGUAGUGGUAGUACAGUGUCUUCCACAUUAUCAUCACCACCUCAUGUAUGGAAGGCUACCAAUAAUUUGAAAGGAUGUAUCAAAAAGUUGAAAGAAGAAUAUGCAAAGAUGAGUCCUAAUAAUAAUACGUCUACUACUACUUCACUCAAAUCUCUCUCAGAAGUCUCUCAAGUAUUGGAUGAAAUUGAAGAAUAUUAUACAGGUAGUAGUAACUCAUCUACCACCACCAGUACCAAUAUGAAUACAAAUACUACAAAUACCACUACAAAUACCAAUACUACAAAUACUACAAAUUAUGAUUUUGAAUCCAAGAAACCUCAUUCUCCAUCAUUCCUCACCAAUAUUUAUGACAUUUUAUACUUGCUCGUACAAACAUUACCUGACAAGUUCAAAAUUGCACCAUUGGAUGUGUUGAGAUUAAUCUUAUUGGAUGAGAAUGCAGUUGAACAUUUAUUCAAGACUGUGAGUGGAAUGAAAUUAUUGGAUGAAUUGAUGAAUCGAAUGAAUCAAUUUGUGAAAUCAUGUUCCACUCCAUCAGGAGGUCCUGUCGAUUCCUUUUCUAUUACUGUUAUUAAUUCUUGUCUCUCCCAUUUGGUCAAAUCUAGUUAUGGUAGUAAUUACUUGAUUAAUUUCAAACCACAACAUUAUUGUACAUUGGUGAACUUUUUAAUUCAAUGUUUUACAUUUGUCAAUUCAGAAGAAAAGUGUUUCUAUAGUGCAUCCAGUGUCGUCUUUAAUAUGAGAUUUGAUAUUUAUAGAAUUGGAGAUCAAUAUGGACCAAUUUUAUCUACGACUUUGAAAGAAUUGUGUUUGAGACAUCAACAUCCAUUCUUUGAUCGAGAUGUUCAAGCUGAGAAGUGUACUAGACAAUUAUUAGAUGCCAUAGUGAUGUGUUUGGAUCGAAUUUAUGUGAAAUUACUCAAUGGUUCUUCUACAAAUUCUCCUCUCUCAACCAUCCUUCGUGAUACGAUUAUCAAUUUAGCCAAAGCACUUUACACGAUUAUGAAAUUGGAUAACAAUGCAAGAGAAUAUAUGGAAUUGAAACAAUCAACGAAAUGGAUGACACUUUUGCAAUCAGUGAUUGAAACUCGAUUACAUGUUGCCAUUAUGAAUAUGAUUCAUCCAGAAGCAUUCGCACAUGAUGAAGAAUUAUAUAUUGAAAAUGCAAGAUAUAAAUUUAUGACAAAGAGACCUUAG